AUGAGACGGACAAGACGAACGCCAAAAUUGUGGAAUCUCUACGAAGCUGCCAUACAUGGACUAGCUCGUACCAAUAAUGGUUUGGAAGGAUGGCAUAAUGGCUUUCAAAAGCAAGUCGGUGGUCAUCAUGUAUCAAUUUGGAAGAUGUUUGAAGGCCUACAAAGGGAGGUCGGGCUAGCUAAAUUAAAAGUGGCACACAUUGAGGCUGGCAAAGAAGAAAAACAGAAAUUAAAAUGGAAAAGAACCACAGAAAAUAUAAAAACAAAGGUGACAAAUUAUUCAAACCAAGACAUUAUACCAUAUUUAAAAAGUUUGGCAUACAAUAUUGACUUUUAA